AUCUAAAUUGCAACAAUCGAAUAAGUUAAUUUAUUUCAUCUACAUUUAUAAAAAAUUUACUUGUUUUAUAAAAAUUUAUAAGAAUUGCGUAGAUACAUUUGAGUUUUUUCGCUUAUAGAUAGUGUGACUACGACUAUGUCUAAAAUAGUACUUCUUUUGUUUACGAUUGGAGCUAUGGCAGUUUUUUCCGCCGCAAAGCAAGAACCCACAGUAUGUUAUUCCUGUACAAUUUAUGACGGAGAUUUGUGCAAUGACCUGGACCUAUCUAACCGUACGAAAGUAAGAUGCCCAGAUAUGCCCCCAGAUAAUAAGACAACCUCAGGUGUAGCUUGUUAUACUAUUUAUCGUACCUUGUAUGGUACUACGUUAACUGAAAGAGGAUGCACCUACACAGAGGUAGAUGGAGAAGAUGUUUGUUCACAUGUCGAUAAUAAAGGAUACACAUGCGAUUUUUGUUAUGAAGACCUCUGCAAUGAUAAGCCAAUAUAUCUUAAUUGAUUUAUCGAUUUCACUUUUGUAGUAGGUCUAAAUAUCUACGAAUAAAAUCCAGGUUACAUUUUUAA